UGUCUUCGCCCUCCGCUCCCGUCCCUCUCCCUCCUCACGCAAGCUCCACCCCGCGCAGCACCCGGACUCGAGCCGGGACUCGAGCGUCAGGCAGCGGGCUCGCCUAUCGACUGCCGGUGGGGCACCGCGACCUGCAAGGAGGAAUCCGAGAAAGAAAUUGCUUCGACGACCGCUCUAGCUGGGCUGAAGCGGCGAGUUGGCGCUGAGAGAAGGCGAGGGAAUAACAGCGAAGUGUCCGUUCGAAGCGGCCGAACGCCGGCGGCGGCCCGACAAAGCACGCUUCCGACUUGGCGGGCGAACACGCGGUCUCGCCUUGGCGUUGCAUCGCCGGAGGCAUCGCAGCGCCUGUCGGAUUGGAAAAAGCUGGGAGCACCGUGCAACGCUGCCGAUUGCGUCGGCGAAGUUAGUGUGUACGCACAGUGUGUGUGUGAGCAGCCGCACCGUCGUCGCCUGCUGCGCACCGAUUCGUCUCUGGUCUCCGCGCUGCAUCGCUGAGCGUCGUCUGCCCCUGCUUUCGUGCGCGGCAUCUCAUCGUCGCCGUGCGAUCCAGAUAGGGAGCGACGCGCGAGGCCCGAAUAACGGCUACGCCGACUUCUGUUGACAGUUGAACGCGUGCUGCUAGCUGCACUUCUCGCGGAUUGUGGUUUCGGUCCGCGCGUGGGACGCGUGAGCACAGCUCUUCUACACCUGGAUUCUUUACGGCGCAGCAGCCGACAGCGCCCUCGUCGCGGCAACGCUCAGAGGACUCGAAGGAACUGAAGCUUCUCAGAAGAUACUCGGCCGUAGAAAAUGCUUGCUUCUCCCUAUCAAGGCAAUAAGAAUCGUCAUUUCUUUAGAUAUUCCGCUUGCGGACUCCCAGCACGAGAAAGGAUCCGUGAAGACCGACAAUUCAAACCUGUGAAGCGGCAUUCACUGGCAAGUGAGCCGAGGAUGGAGGUCGAGCAGCAGCCGGUCGGCGACCCUGCGGGCGCCGCGGGCGGCACGGCGCCGGCCUUCGACGCCUUCCUGCAGACGGGUCGCACGGGGCGUCGUAACGCCCUCCCCGACAUCCUCGAGGAGGGCGCCACUAACGUCAGCACCGCGUCUCUGCCUUGCUCCUUCCAGAAGCUCUCGUGCAGCGACCCGUCACCGAACACCAACUCCGCAGAAUCGUCAACGGACAAGCCUUCAACGUCGCAGGGGCCACCCAAGUCCUAGUGGGCCUGCCUCUCGAACACAGGAACUAAGGUGUCUGUGUUGGUGAAAAUGUUGUUCCCCAUGAACUGGCCCUCCGGCCAGGGCUGCUUCAAGAAGUCCCCAGCCACACCCACACGGCAGGGCGGCCCUCGGCGAAAUUCUCAUUCGCACGGAUUGCUGGUAGUGUCGCUGUUACGCGCUUAACGUUUGCUCUGCACUCCACUUACGAUAUGCCCGUUUGAUACAGCGCAGCUCGAGAGAAAGAAAAAAGCAACAGUAUCUGGACAAUGUGAACCACUAAGCGGCUAUUUCGUGAUGUCUCACCAGCGGCAGUGUACGCGUAAAGACCCGAAUAACAUUCCUGAAAAUGGGACUCUACAAAACAGGCCUGGGUUCGGCAUCUGGCAACUCUUCGGAGACUCGUGUUUGUGCGUCUAGUUCAUACAUUCUAAACUUGGAAUUAUAGAUCAAAACGCAGAGAUUAUGCGCACCCCAUAUAUGCACAGCAAUAUAUGGCAGCGUGUUCGGCAUACGUGCUGACGUGUUCGCUGUGCAACCUCUUUGUUAGGUGCAGCGUGCUCCGAUCUGAUCUUUUUCUCAUUGCUAAACGCCUCGAGUGUGCUGCCUUUUUGUUACCAGCGUCUACGUGUAGCUCUCGCUAAUUUGUGUAAGUUUCCACGCAAUGCACCUUCCUUAAAGUUCCUCUUUUCCUCAACGCGCGCAGUCAUGGCAAGGCAGCUUGGCACGUCGUACACUUGCCACGGAGUGAGCCCUUCCUUAAUGCACUUUUAUAUUUAUUUAUUUACUCGUUGUUCGUAACUGAAUGUCGUCAGUAAGCUUAUACCAGCGCGAGCUCUUUGCUUCGGCUUUCGGGUCGGACGGCUCCGCCCCUGCGCCGCAGCGCGUGUGCAUGCAGCUCCGAUCGUGUCAACUGAUCCCGAUUUGCUAGCGCCUGCGGCAAGCCUUGUUCUUAUUUUAGUAUGCGUGCGUAAAUACAAAAACAUCCCGUUACGCGUGGUGUAUGUGUACUUGUCUGAACUGUCUCGUGAUGUUUUCGCGAAAGCGCGUGAUCGCGAACCCAAAUCGCGACGUUUUGUGGCAUUAGUGAUAAGUGACCGACUUUCCUUUAGUGGCGGACGUGUUGCGCGGGCGGGGGAAGCGCCAGAAAGACGAGGCGAAAAGAAAAGGAAAAACGCUUGCCUUGAGGUGCUCUUCGUCUACAGAGCUUGUUGAAGGUUCUGGUUGUGUUUUGUACACAGAGAAACGAGAGAAAUAAACUUUGCAGUCUAUACGUCGA